CGUCAUGAUUCGGGGCACAAGAGGAAUUAUCGUGAUACUUCUCGCGAUCGUAAUGAUGAUAGGAAGCGUUCCCGACAAGAUAAAUAUAUUUAGAAAGGUCGAAUUUCGAAAGGCGUGAACCAAAAAUAUAUAUGCCAUUCGCAACAAUCGAUUGAGAACAUUUUAUAACUUUGCCACCAAAGCAAACAGAGUAUGUACACAGAGAGAAACUCUGCAAGUGCUGUGUGGCAGAGUUGACACGAUUUCGACCUAGCAUACUGAGGCACUGAUAAGGCUCUUGGUCGCACAUUUUGAUUAAAGAGCAGCGCCGCCAUUAUGAACGUCGAUUAUAUGAAUUUCAUUGCGUUCGAGAUAAACGCCGAGAAUUGAAGAUGAUAAUAUCGAGAGUAAAUAAAGUAUUACAUAUGUAUAUGUAUUCAUAUUGAGCUAUGAACAACUGCAGAGGUAAACAAUUCCUCCGAUGCAUUUUGCUGUCCAAUUACAAUUACAAAAUUAAUAGAACAGUACAAUCUGAAGAUGAUAGCGACGAUUCCCAUAUCGAUUAUAUCUUAAUAUUAUUGUCUCGAAGAGCUUUUUAGGAGAUUUGCCAAUGCCGCAUUGAUACCUCCCCUUUUUACCCAAUUCCUAAACAAUAUAAAAUAGAAACUCAUGUUAAACCUACACAAAAAUCUAAAUACUAAAUUGACAGAAUAUAAGUGCUCAAAACCGUGUAUAGUUAAUUCUGUAAGAAUACAUAAAACCAAAAAAAUCCUCAUCAUCGUCAACAGGACUAUCGACGCAACUCAUCAACCGGACGUGGUAAUCGCACGCCACCGCCGCCUCCACCACCAAUGGUCUCAUCAGCAUCCGCAUCGAACUAUCGUAGUACUGGUGGGGCUAAUACAUCUAGCAAUUCAUAUCGUGGUGCGAAUUCCCGGAAUGAUAGAGAUGACUCCAAUGCAAAUACCAGCCGUCACCGUUCUCCAAUGGGCAUACAAAAGCGUCCCAUGCGCACCGGCUACAUUUCAAGAGCUCGUGGUAAUAUCUCGUCAUAUCGAGGUGGCAUGCGCAGUACUAUGCUGAGGGGCGGUGUGCGCAUCAUUCGCAACAACCGGAAUGAAGCGAACGAUUUGCGCAUUAUGCGCCGAAAGCUGUUGUAUGCUCAACAAAAAGAUCGUGCGCGUGUAUUAAAAAUACAGCGCCUAACAAGCUCAUUACGUCGUCGUAGGAUAGUGCGUCAUUCGAAGAGCCCACGACGUUCUCGAACCAAGAAGGACGAUUCAUCAGAUGAAGAGGAAGAUAAUGAGAAAGACAACGACACCGAUAAGGAUGAUAGCAAGAGUGACUCCGAAACUAAGAAGAAAUCUUCGAAACGUAGCAGCAGCAAGCGGGCCAAGUCUUCGGAUAAGGGUGAUGAUGCCGAAAAAGCUGGGGAAGAUGAUGGUGAUGACGACGAUGAUGAAGAUAACGAGGGCGACGAGAGUAAGGAGGAAAUAAAGUCGGCAAAGAAGAGUAAAAAGGGUGAGGAUUCAUCAGCGGAAACUGAUGAUCAUAAGGAUGAUGAUGAUGAUGAUGAUGAAGAAGAAGGUGGUGAUGGUGAAACCGAAGGGACAGCAGGUGAAGCAAAGGCUGAUAAAGAGAAGGAGGGUGGUGAGAAAGAGGUAAAGAAAGAAGGUAAGAAGAAAGAGAAGGAGAAGGAUGAUGACGAUCGCAAGAAGGAGAAAUCCAAAAAAAGUACAUCGUCCUCCUCCAAGAAGGACAAGGAGAAGGGUAAAGAGAGCAAGGACAGGCGCAAGAAGGACGACCAUAGUGAAGAUGAUUCAGAGAAGAAGGAAAAGAAGUCGCACAGUUCACGACGUGAUGAUUACAAAUCAGGCACAUCUGGGCGUCUCAACUUGAAGUGCAUUCACUGUCACAUGAACUGCUUCGGAUUUUUGGAUUACCAACAGCAUUUGUACUCGCGCGUUCAUAAGAGUGCAAUACGUCAAAUCUCACUUCAACAAAAGGCACAUUUGCUUCGUCUGCGCGCUCGCCAGCGUGCUGCACAACGCGAAAUCGAAGAGAACUCGAAGGAAGAAUACGAAUCCAAGUUCUGUCAUCUGUGUCGUCUACACUAUCGCCAACCUAAGGCAAAACAUCAAUUGUCGGAGCAUCAUAAGACUAUGAAGAAGUUCUUAAUGCCCUAUUGCUCCACUUGUCAUUUGGCAUUCAAGAGUCCAAUGCUCUAUGAAACUCAUCGUUGCUCAUUGGAGCACUUAAAACGCAAGGCACGCAAACGUGAUUCGGAUAGUGAUAACAGUGAUGAGGAUACUCGCGAAAUAGAUCUGAACAAGUUUCUAACAGUCGAUUCGGUAGGCGAAAUUGACGAAAUCGAUGACCUGGAUGUGGACGCCCUUUUAAAUGAAGGUGAAGGCGGUACGGAUGGUGAAGAGAACAGCAAAGAACGUCAACCUGUCGGCGCAUCAUUUAUAAAGAAGGUAGAUGCCUACUUCUGUGAGCUCUGCAAUCAUUAUUCAGUCGCAAGUGACUCGGUGGAAGCGUAUGCUAAGAAACAUUGUCUCUUACGCUCACAUCUCAAAGCGUUCUUGCGUAAUAAGGAAGAAGAGGAGAAAGCAGCUAAGAAAGCUAAAGCAAAGGAAGCAAAAGAGAGCGAAAAAGAUGCGAAAGAUACCAAGAAAGAAAAGGCCGAUGGUGACGAGGACGAGAACAAAGAUGCCGCCGAGGAAAAUGGACAUGAGAAUGGUGACGAAGGUGGGGAAGUUGGUGAAGAUAAACUCUGGGAAGAUGUUGAUAAGGAUUUGGGUGAUUUAUUACGUGAAGUUGGCCCAGAGGAUCGUGAUGACGAAGAAGAAGAUGAAUCGGUACUUAAUAUUGAUAUCGAAAGUGAAAAACCUAAAGCUAAGGAAGUAAACGGGAAGAAAGAGGAACCUGCAGCUGCAACAGCAGCACCAACACCAGCUCCCGCACCGGCACCGGCACCCGCACCCACAGCAGCACCAGCUGCAGCUGAGACGACCAAGGAAGUUAAGGCAGUAAAAGCGGAAACUAAACCGCAAGCAACACCAGCAAAACCUAAACAACAACGUAAAGUGGCGACAAGCGCUAAAACAGCAACAACUCCAGGACAAGCGAAGGAGAAAACUGCUACAGCAAAAUAAGUUAAUUUUAAAUAAAACAUUUCUAGUGAAACACAACUAAAUUAAACUAUUGGAGCAUUACAAAAAAAAAAACAACGUAGGAUUAGCGCAUACGUUUUAUGGACUUACUAAAGAAGAGUAGAAAGUUUCAACAUAUACGCAUACAUACAUAUAUAAAGGUUUUAGCAGUUACUGAUCAAUGCUGACAACGUAUAAUCUAGUACGCAUGAACUGUAACUAAAAUGUGCAAAAAUAAAUACAUCAAACAAAUAUAUGUA